AUCUCUGUUCCGAUAAGGAAAAUGAGUUUCACAGCUGAUACAAGAUUUCACCAACGUCAGAGAAGUGGCCAGCUUCAGACCUAGGACACUAAAGAUCUCCUGACUCCCAGUUGAAAUCACUUUCUUCUUUCCUGACAUUCAUUGGCUGCCCAAUCAAUAUUGACUUGGUCUCAAAAUACUGUAAAUAACCAUGCCUGAAAAUAAGACAGUUUCCUGUUCUCCCACUGGAAGUGACCAAACCAAGAAAGGAAUGGGGUGUGCAGAGUGGGCCAUGCGCAGAACAAGCCGUGCACAGAAUGGACCGUGCGCAGAGCAGGCCGUGCGCAGAACGGACGACAAUGCCACAUCACAAGCUCUGGUUCUAUUUGGUGCUCAUAAAGAAGCUAUUGAGAUUUCUCACAAAAAUAAAAUGACAAAUACUGAAGGGGUGAAUAAAAGCAUUUUUUUUAGCUACCCAUGUCGACGUCAAAGCUGUGCUUUAGUGAACAUCCCAGCACCAUGUGUCAACAAAAUGAUUUCACACAUUGAGGAUGUGGGAUCUAAAAUACAGGAGCAUUUGAAAUGGUUUGAAACUUCUUUUGAGGAAUGGAGCAGAACUUCUUCCACAAAAGACCUUAAUGAAGAAAGGAGUUUGGCUUCACCUGUGAAAGAGGUCAAAUUAGAAGAAAAGAAAGAUGAAAAGUGCUCAGAAUUAAAGCAGGACAUGGAAAUGUUGCUAUCAGAGGCCAUUUAUCUCAUUAGAAGUCUAGAAACUGACCGUGCAGAAGCUGAAGAAGCUUUAAAACAACAAAAAUUAAGAAAGGAAAAGAUUGUCAUGAAAAUUGAUUCUUGGUCAGUCUGGAGACUUCAAGAAAUCCCAUUAGCUGUGCAGAAAGACUACAGAAUAAUGAAACUACAUGAACAAAUUCUUAAAGAACUUGAAGAAACUAUAGAAAACUGUGAAAAUGCCAAAUCAAAUGCUCAACGAACUAGAGAAGACUUUGAAAAAGAUAUUUAUAAUGAUGAAACAAGCAUAGAUGCCUACAAGAGGGAGGUGGGCAAGCUGAGUGACCUGUGCGCCCACUACUGCACGUCAGCUGAGUGUGUCAGCGUCAGUAUCGAGGAGAGUGAAAAGGCUGUAACCAAGGCACUGAAGGAGACUAAGACAUCAGAAGGAGAACUGCUUGUUUUAUCAAAAACGCUGGAUAAUUUGAAACGAUUUUAUGAUAACUUAGUCUGGAAGAAAAAAGGUCAUGAAAAGGCGUAUCUGGAAGCACUUAACGAUUUUUAUGCUGCAAAAAAUGCAUGGGAUAUUGACCUUUCUAAUGUCGCAAAAGAUUUUUCAGAUAUUUCAAUAGCAUAUACUCAAUUGAUGGAAGAAAAUAGAAAAAUUGGGAUCGACAUUGAAACCAUAACAGGUUCUAUCAAUGACAGUAUAAAGACAAAGUCAGACUUUGAGUCUAAAAUCCAAUCUUUGAUAAAAGUGAGAUCCAAAAAUGGUGACUAUCUUAAACAGCUAUACAAGGAAGCUUAUCGCAUUGCUGCUGUUUUCCAACUGACUAGAUUAAAAACAGAGGAAUUAGAAGAGAAAAUUGCAGAAGUGAGAAGAAAAUUCAAGGGUAGAGAAGAAUUCUUGAAAAGACUAACUCAAGGGGAAGUGGCUAAUGGAAUAGUGAUUCAGAAAAGACUGUUUGCCAUUCAAGAAGGCCAGGUGCUUGAGAAGCAGGAGUUUACUGAAAGGAGAACAAAAUAUGCCUUAGAACUGGCAGACAUGGAGGAACCUCUGCUUCAGCUGGAGAAUGAUGCCACGAGGCUCAGAGCUGCCCACCAAGAGCAUUUGGAUUCACUAAAUAGUAUAAUUGAGAGGAGAGAAUAUGUUAAAAGAAAUCUGGAAAAAACAAAGAAAAAAUUGCAAAGAAAGGGAAAGAAAACACAUGUUGCACUAAUGCAAUCUGAGGCAAAAUGCUCAAUAAUUUUUAAAGAAUUAGAGGAUACUAAAAGUAAAACAAUUACUUAUCAUACAAAAAUAAAUCAAUUGAAUAAGGAUUUGGAAGAACAACAAAAGGAAAAGAAAAUGUUUGAUCAGAUACUUGAAAAUUUAAAGGAACAAUUUCUAACUAUGAGAUAUAAAAAAGAACACAUACAAGCUGUGUUUGAUCAUCUCACAAGUGAGAAAAAAGUCUGUGAAGAGAGAAUCUAUGAGGAAGAUCAGAGAUACAGAACACUCAUUACCAUGAGGCAAAAAACUCUGGCAGAUGUUAAAGUGAGUAUUGAUGAUUCACUAAAAGAAAAUCUGCAUUUAGCUCAAGAGUACCAGAAAUUACAGACUACUUUCUUAACAGAAAAGGACCACUACUUCAAUCUGUACAAUGAACAGUUAUCACUCAGUGGUUCACUUAGAGAUAAGAAACAGCUCUGUCAGCUGCAGGAAAGGAUACACAAGGUGUGGCAGAAACACUUCAGACUGGUGGUGCUCUACAGCCGGAUGAGCCUGGCCAGGUUCCAGACAGACUCUCGGGAGAGUAUUCAGAAAAUAUUAGCUGUGCAGGAGGAAUCUUCACAUCUAAUGCAACACAUCAUAGAUUUCUUCCAGACUUUGACAGAUGGUUCAUGUGAAAACGAUGGUUAAGCAAACAACCGGUGUAUCUUGGAUGCUGAAAUAAAAGACAAGAAAAGUCACACAGUUCAGAUAACAGUGUAAUUGGACAUUCACCUGUUUGCCAUUUCACACUUUCAUGGACGGAAAACCCACUCACCUCCCAGCAUGCUUUGCCUCUCUCACUUACAGCACAUCCAUGACAAUGAAACAGGUGACUUUCAUGCUGCUGUCAGGAGCGAUCUAAUUUCAGCUCUGGGUGACUGAUUGCAAUUGGCUUUGCCUCGUCUGAUAAUUA